AUGGACCCACCCGAGGAGGUGCGGGCGCGCCUGGAGCGGUGCGGACAGAGUCAUCUGCUGCGGUUCUGGGCCGAGCUGGACACGGCGCAGCGCGGAGCUCUGCUGGCGGCGCUACCGCCGGGGCUGGGCGAGCACUGCCGGCUGGCGGCGGCGGCCGGGGCCCGCCACUUGGGCCCGCCCGAGCGCCUGGACGGCCGGAUGGAGCCGCUCCCCGCCGAGCUGCUGGGCAGCUCCCGCCGCAGCGGCCCCGCUGAGCUGCAGCGCUGGGAGGCGGAAGGCUUACAUCAGAUCUCACAGAACAAGGUGGCAGUGCUGCUCCUGGCUGGAGGACAAGGAACCCGCCUGGGUGUGAGCUAUCCCAAGGGCAUGUACAACGUGGGAUUACCCAGUGGCAAAAACUUGUAUCAGAUCCAAGCAGAAAGAAUCCGCAAAGUGGAGCAGCUUGCUGGCAGGAGACACCACUGCAAGUGUGCCAUCCCCUGGUACAUCAUGACAAGUGAGUUCACAUUGGGGCCGACAGAAGAGUUUUUUGAACAACACAACUACUUCAACUUGGAUAGAUCCAACGUUGUCAUGUUUGAACAGAGGAUGCUCCCUGCUGUCACCUUUGAUGGGAAGGCCAUCUUGGAGGAGAAGGGGAAAAUUGCCAUGGCUCCAGAUGGCAAUGGUGGCUUAUACCGUGCUUUGAUGGAUAAUAAGAUAUUGGAUGAUAUGAAGCAGCGUGGAAUCCAGUAUGUCCAUGUAUAUUGUGUGGACAAUAUCCUCGUGAAAAUGGCAGAUCCAGUCUUCAUAGGUUUCUGUAUUUCCAGAGGGGCCGACUGCGGUGCAAAGGUAGUGGAGAAGGCCUAUCCCACGGAGCCUGUUGGGGUGGUGUGCUGUGUGGAUGGGGUGUACCAGGUGGUGGAGUACAGUGAGAUCAGCCYGGAGACUGCACAGCUGCAGCACCCUGAGGGGGGACUGAUGUUCAGUGCUGGCAACAUCUGCAACCACUUCUUCACUGUUGAGUUCCUGGAAACAGUGGCCCAGAAAUGGGAGUCACAGCUGAUGCAUCAUGUAGCCAUAAAGAAGGUGCCCUACAUUGACAAGGAGGGAAAUCUGGUAAAACCACUAAAACCGAACGGGAUAAAGCUGGAGAAGUUUGUGUUUGAUGUAUUCCAGUUCUCUAAGAAUUUUGUGGUAUUUGAAGUUUUGAGAGAAGAGGAGUUUUCGCCACUAAAAAAUGCAGACACAGCUGACAGAGAUACUCCUACCACKGCUCGGCAAGCCCUCCUGGCCCAGCAUUACCGCUGGGCUCUCAAGGCUGGGGCCAGAUUUGUGGAUGAAAAUGGUUGCAAGAUACCAGAAAAACUCAGUCUCUCAGGAACUGAAAAUCCUCCGGCUGUGUGUGAGAUUUCUCCAUUAGUGUCUUACUUUGGAGAGGGUCUGGAGGUGUACAUGAAGAACAAAGAAUUCCCGUCUCCCUUUGUACUCGACGAAAACAAAGUGGAAAUGCUGAAAAAUUCUUGAAGUGGGAAGCCCUUCCCCCUCAGAUCCAUGUUUGUCAGAUCCAUUAUAAGAACUGACAGUACUAAAAUGUCAGCUAUGAAGUGCAUUAUAAAAAAAAUUGCUUUGCAGUGUCUGAUUGAUGCCAAAUCCUUGCAGCAGUUGUGAUAACACAGUUCUGUUUGGUAACUUUGAUGGCUGUGCCUUUUACCUCUCAGUCUGUUUUGUAUACUUGGAUGUGAGUGAGGAUCAACACUUUCUGGGUGCUAAACAGAUCCUAUAUUUCUUAUUUACUAUGCAUAUGAAUAUGGAAAAAAGCCAGUCAAGGCCUGAUAARUCAGCUUUGCAUUCAAGAAGAUUAAAUUUCUUCAGUGCCUUAUUAKGUAUCUUGUUUGUGUUGGUGUGGUUGUUUCUUUGGUUUGUUUUGUUUUCUAAAUUGUGUGCACAGCUGCAGUCAGUUUGAGGCCCCAUCCUGGAAAGAGUGGAAGGAUUUUGGGUACUGAGGUUUUCUCUCAAGCGGUCAGGUUUUUUUUCCCUAGCCCUGUGUUGAUUACAAGAUCCAAUUCAGCAAUUUCAUCCUGUAAGCAGAAUAUACAGAGUGCUGUACGUAGGGAUGUAGCUAUGCCUAAGCAUUGCUUGAGGAUUGGAGUCCUAAGUAGAACAGACUAGUUUUGUAUCUGGGCUCGAUGGUGCCMUGCCUAGACUGGCUGCUCCUUAGGGUUGUAGUGACUUGGGGUUUUUUAAUUAAGAAA